AUGACUCCUCCUCCCAUCUGUCUCUUGUUGAGAAUAACAGGUUCACCUUUUCUCGACCAUGUACACCACCCGUCAGGUCCAUCGAACUUAAAACGUUUUUCAUCAGUAAAUAUCACUUUCUUGAAGACGACAUGGUUUGUUAUCCAUCUUUUGGCGCUUCCCAGCCUUGCCUCCUUGUGUUUUCUCGUUAGUGUAAUUCUUUUCUUGAUUUUAGCAUACUUAAGUCCAAUUUCGUGUAGCUUUCUUUGUACAAUUCGAACACUGACGUCAAGUUCACACUUCUCCUUUACUUUCUUCGCUGUCACCUUUUCUCAAGAUGAUAACAACCUCGUAACACUCCUCUUCAUUCUUCUUUCUGUUCUGUUGGAAAUUGUUUUUUCCGUCCUCUCUUCUUCUUCUUCCGCUCAUAGUCUGUACUCAGCAUGUAUUCAACUGCUGACUUCGUUCCACACAUUUCUUCUUCUUCUUCUUCACACUUCUUCUUAUUCUUUACCCUUCUUCUUCUUCUUUUCACCCUUCUUCUUCUUCUUCUUCUUCACCCUUCUUCUUCUUCUUCUUCUUCUUCACCCUUCUUCUUCUUUCACCUUCUUCUUCUUCUUCACCUUCUUCUUCUUCACCCUUCUUCUUCUUCUUCUUCACCCUUCUUCUUCUUCUUCACCUUCUUCUUCUUUUCCUCUUCUUCACCCCUUCUUCUUCUUCUUCACCUUCUUCUUCUUCUUCUUCACCCUUCUUCUUCUUCUUCACCCUUCUUCUUCCCUUUCUUCUUCAUCUUCACCUUCUUCUUCUUCUUCUUCCCCUUCUCCUUCUUUUCACCCUUCUUCUUCUUCUUCUUCUUCUUCGUCUUCUUCUUCUUCAACCUUCUUCUUCUUCACCAUUCUUCUUCUUCACCCUUCUUCUUCUUCACCCUUCUUCUUCUUCUUCUUCACCCUUCUUCUUCUUUUCAUCCUUCUUCUUCUUCUUCUUCUUCUUCUUCACCUUCUUCUUCUUCACCCUUCUUCUUCUUCACCUUCUUCUUCUUCUUCUUCUUCACCUUCUUCUUCUUCUUCUUCACCUUCUUCUUCUUUUCACCCUUCUUCUUCUUCGUCUUCUUCUUCUUCACCCUUCUUCUUCUUCACCCUUCUUCUUCUUCUUCACCCUUCUUCUUCUUCACCCUUCUUCUUCUUUUCACCCUUCUUCUUCUUCUUCUUCACCCUUCUUCUUCUUCACCCUUCUUCUUCUUCACCCUUCUUCUUCAACCUUCUUCUUCUUCACCCUUCUUCUUCACCCUUCUUCUUCUUUUCACCCUUCUUCUUCUUCUUCUUCACCCUUCUUCUUCUUUUCACCCUUCUUCUUCUUCACCCUUCUUCUUCUUUUCACCCUUCUUCUUCUUCUUCACCCUUCUUCUUCUUCUUUUCACCCUUCUUCUUCUUCAUCCUUCUUCUUCUUUUUCUUCUUUUUCACCCUCCUUCUUCUUCUUCACCCUCCUCCUUCUUCUUCACCCUUCUUCUUUUUCUUCUUCACCCUUCUUCUUCUUCACCUUUCUUCUUUUUCUUCAUCCUUCUUCUUCUUCACCCUUCUUCUUUUUCUUCAUCUUCUUCCACAUCCUUCUCCUCUCUUUCUAUUACACCCAACUUAAGUGUCAUCGUGAUAUUCGCUUGGUCGAUCAUCUCUCUCCACAACUUCCUCACCUCAAUCACUGCUGACACUUUCAGUUAUGCGGCAAACGUGAUACCCGAUUGGGCGAUCAUAGCUGUCCACAACUUCCCCACCUAA